UUCAGGGUUAGUACGUCAGACAGAUAUGAACGAGCGGAGUGGUAAGUGAUAAGAUGUGUCAGGCGGUGCAAUGUUGACGAUGAAAACCAUGCUUUUUACUUUACUACGGCAAUAAUCAGUAUAAAACUUACAGCAUGUUUAAGCGGCAAUGCACCGUUCUCUGUCAUCUUACUAUUAGAACUUCUAAGAUAGCAGUUCUCAGUACUUUUGACCCUACGUGUACGACAGCUAUACAUUCUUUACCUCAGCUAAGAAAUGUGUUUCUAUUUUUCAUCCGACAUCUUGGAUCUAGUCAAGGAGUGGAGCAGAAAGAUGUUCAUAAGAAGAAGAGUGAUAUAAAAUUUCCUGAAAGAACCCUAACUGUGUACACAUGUGAGAAUAUUUAUGAGACAUGGAGAAGACAGAAAAAAUUUUAUCACAUUCCGGAAAGCGGCGUUUUUGCUGACAUAGCUUAUAUUGAUACCGUAGGUUGCAACAAAAAUACGAACAAUGAGAAAACUCCAACUGUACUUUGCAUUCACGGAAUUCCUGGAAAUUACGGUGUAUUUAGUCAUCUUAUUAAUGAUCUUAGCAAUGAAGGAGUGAGAGUUAUUGUACCAACAUUUCCAGGUUGUUCUGUGUGGUUGCAACAGGAGACAGGCAUUUACUGGCAAGUUUUCGUCAACAUGCCAUAUAAAGCAACAUUAUAUUUAUCUGGAAAACACAAGAAAGAACUUUUUCGACAUUCUGUUGAAGAGAAAACCCAAGUUUUUAAAGACUUUUUGAAAGCCCUGGAUGUAUCUGAAUUAGAUGGAAUUAUAGCUCACAGCAGUGCAAUUUACCCAGCUCUGCGACUUGCUCUUGAUUCUGACUUGAAAGUGAAUUCACAAGUAUUUUUCAAUACUGGUGGCCAUAGAGAAACAGUAACCAUGAAGCCUUACUGGGUAGUGUGGAUAUGUUCAUAUCUAUAUUUAAAUGCUUUUGGAAGGAUGCUUGUCCAAAAAAUCGGAAAAUUCUUGAUGAAGUACGUAAUGCGAACGCCAAUAAAAGAUGAUAAUUUUGAUGGAAUAAUGCUGUUAGCAAUCACAAUGGUUUUUUCUGAAUGCUGGAAUGCCUCAGAAGAGUUUCAAGCAAUUGCUCAGAAGAAGAUACCAACUCUUUACGCCUUCAGUGAAGAUGACAAAGUUGUUGAAAAAAAGUUGACAUAUGACGUUAUAUCACUCUUGGGUGCAUGUGAAGAAAAUAUAAACUUUUAUGACAAAAAUGGAGUACUUAAGAAAGAGGGAAAAGAUCUGCAUUGGCUAACUUUGAUAUCAUUUGAAGAGGGAUCUCAUUAUGUAUUCAGAAAAUAUCCUCAGUUGUGUAAUAUGAAAGUUUUAGAAUUAUUAAAAAGAACUAGAAGCUGAUGUGACGAAUAUUUUUACAACAAAAACGAGAUAAAUGCAGUGUGGAGCUACCAAAAUUUGUUGGACUUAGGAUGCUGAAAAACGACUACAGUGUAAAAUUUUAUGUAAUUAUAUUCUGUAUUGUUAUUUUAUUCCUACAUCCACCUAAUAAAACGCAGCUCCCUUUUUAUUUGGUCUUAAGCACAGUUCAUUUUCAUUUGAAUAUGACUUUCUUUAGUUUGCUGAAAAUGUUUGUUUUCAGGAAUUAUAUGGUUGUUUUACUGAAUAUUUCACAAUAAUUCAUUAUUUAUGUGAAUGCAGACCUCAUUCCAAGUUUUGCAUGUAAAGUUUUGACCAAAAAAUAUACAGAAGCUGCUUAAGUGCCUUAAAAAUUUUGCCCUAAUUUUGAAAUUUUUAAAUAUUUGUUUGGUUGAUAACUUGUAGCUAAGAUAAUUCUAGUUGUAUGCCACUUUGGCUGGCUGGGAUAUUAAAGUAUAUUCAGUUACUCAGAUGUUCUUCUGUGUCUACAAGACAGCUAAAUUUAUGCCUUAUUCUCGUAUGUUUAUUGACGAAGCAUGUGCAAAUUGUAUCGACGAAUUCAUGCAGCUUGUGUUAUGGAUGUAAAUCAAAAUGAAUCAUGAACAACUUGUAGUUUUCUUGAAAUUUUGGAUUUUGAGAAAAUAUUUCCUAUUCCUCUGAGAUUCUAGUUCCCUUUUUUUUUUUUUUUUUAUUUACUACAGGAUUGCUUUAUUCAAUUCUAAUAGCUAUUAUACUCAUAAUCAUCAUCUAGUGUAGUGCUUUUUAAAUCUUUAUCGAGAUUUUUUGCUACUCCAGGUAUUAAAUAUGAAAUAAAGGCAUAAAAAUACAAAAAUUAUUGAAAGGAAAUCAUGUUUAAUGAGACAGAUGUGCUUGUUUUUUGCUUCGCAACAAAUUAAAUCUUGGUGAAAAAUUUGACACUGUUGGACGUAAAGUAUCCAAAUAUCGGGUUGAACUAUAUUGAGAUUUAAUGAGUAUUAAAGCCGAAAAAUUCGUGUCACAUGAUGCGGUGCUAAAUGGCAGAAAAUUUAAUGCCAUUUCUGAAAUUGGGGAGAAAUUCAGAUCUAACUCAGAUCCAGAAUUCAGUCAAGAAUUUUGUGGAAAAUCGUUUUGAGUCACUCGGUGGCUGAACAAACUCCUCUUGCACUUUAUAUGGUGGUGAUUAAACUCAUUAAUGUCAAUCAAAAUAAGUUUUUCAAUGAACAUUUUGAAAUCGAAAUUCGAUGCAAAAUAUUUGCAGAACUGUGCUUUGGGAGUUUUAAAUUCAUCUAUAAUAAUUUUUGCAAUUUACAAUUUUUUAAACAUUUACAAUUUACAUAUUAUUUUGAUUAUUUUAUGAUGCUUUAUUUUGAUUCUGAAAUAACUUGCAUGCCGAAACUACAAUGUGACACUGCUAUUAUGAUGUGCUUGUAGUAUUUUUCGAUAUGUAAAUAUAAUCUGCAGCUCAUCUUGGUCAGUAUUACGAUUUUAUAAUUGCGCUGUACAGAAAAUGUUAUUUAUUAAAUUAAAGAUAAUGAAGGGAUUGCAACUAAAGUUUCUUUAAAUUCCCUUAUCUGAAUUAAAUUUUCGCGAUCCUAACAUUUUUCAUUGUAAACCUCAUUUGGAGUCAGGAUCCACAGUUCAAGAAACGCUGAUAAGUAAAAUACGAUUCCGAAUUAAGUUAUUCAUUUUAUCAUUUCACUCUUCCCUAGAGAGUGGUGAUUUAAUUUAACGGUAUUCAUGCUAAAAUUAUAAAUAUAUGUUUACAGUAUGAAUAUAUAAUAAAAAUUUACCAGAGCAUUCAUUGUAAUGUACACAUUUAUUUAUUUUCAUGCUUGUGAAAGAAAUUAUUUUAUGCAGCAGAUGUUAAAAUAUUUCGAAUCAGUAUUAAUGUAUUUUUUUAAAUAACUUUCUUGAAUUAUUGGAGCAAAACAUAGUGGUAUAUUGCAGUAUUAUACUUUGCAAUUUAAACUAGUUAAGUGAAUUUACAAUUACAGUAUUUGAUUUGCAGUAUAUUUGAUUUUGAUUUUAUAAUUUCGAAUGGUGCUUGAGUUUAAAAUCUCAUCUGGUAAUUAUAAACUAUAAUGAUAUAUAUAUUUAAAUGCUUCAAGUUUUGAAACUCAACUAAGCUUUAAUACAACCCAAAUUAUUUUCCUCUUUUAAAUUUCCCUUUUGUUAGGUCUCUUCUUUUAAUUAUUGUUGAUAAAAGUAAUUUUUUUUUUUUUUUUUUUUUUUUUUUUUUUUUUUGCGUAUUUUUAGAGUUACGAGUUUCAUUUUAAAAGUUUCAAGGUAAAAUUUAUUUUCUCUUAUAAUAAUGAAUGAAAAUUUAUGCUAAACAGCCUGUUGAUGAAGAUAAAUUAAGAGACUUUUUAUUUAUAUUGUUAAAUGUAUUGAUGAUGAACAUGACAUGGCAAAGCAAUCUAUGUAUUUUAUGAAUUCCAGCUGAAGUUUUCAAUAAAAUUUAUUUAUUAAUAUGUUAA